GGGACUCCCAUUCUUACAUCUCCCUCUGCAGUUGAGUGCUGACCUGAUGGGAAAGAGACACAACAUGACAUCAAGUACAGAGAGGCCAAAGACUAACGAUAAUCACUCACAGUCAAACCCUGUUUUAUGGUGCCUGAUAGUCACAGUCAGCAGAUAUAUCAUCCAAGCCUCAAACACCGCUUCACACUUUAACCACGCAGAAGUUCACAGAGCUGUUUGGUGGAAGUCAUAGGGUUGACAGAGAAAUUUACAUUUAAUCCUAAAGAGGGAAUAGACAACCCAGUCAUGGUCAUCACAGACGACGCAGACUCUGUGCCAACACCCAGCCCACGUCUGUGUGUUCUUAAACGAGAGGAAGGGGAGUCGUAUGGCUUUCAUCUGCGAGUGGAGAGGGGGCGCCAGGGUCACAUAAUCAGAAAUGUGGUGUUAGGGGGAGUGGCAGGGUGCAGUGGCCUUCAAGAUGGAGACAGGCUUCUGGAAGUCAACAGCUGCUAUGUUGAUGAUAUUCCUCACCCUGAGGUGGCCAGGAAGAUAAAGCUAAGUGGAAACCAGUUAUGUUUAUUAGUGCUGGAUGGGGAAGCGUAUGAGCUGGCUGUGUCACAAGGCGAAGACCUAAGAGGUCUGGCCAGAGCACACAAGGACAAGGGCUGUAAACCCCCCAGACUCUGCCACAUCACCAGGGAUCCUGUCUCAGGUCUAGGCAUCAACUUCACACCUGUGGAAGGAGAGAAAGGUCACUUCUCUGUGAGCCUGGUGACAGGUGGUGCAGCUGAAAAGGCAGGAGUGUGUAAGGGAGAUCGCCUGGUGUGGAUGAACGGAGCAACAGUGUCUGACCUCACACACUCUGCACUCAGCAGGAUGAUGAAAAAAUGUGGCAACCACAUCACCAUCCUAGUGAUUGACCGUGAGAGUGAGAAGAACUACAUGCGACAGAGGAUGCCUAUCCUACCCACCAUGGCUGUUCCACAUAAGCUGCCUUACAGGGCCAGAAAACUCCACCUAGUCUCUGGGCCUGAUGGCUACGGCUUUCUCCUUCGGCUGGAGAAGGCGCCAUCAGGACGUACAUUUCAUAUCCUGCGUGAGAUGGACAGAGGCAGUCCAGCAGAAAGGGCAGGUAUGCGUGAUGGAGAGCUGCUGCUAGAGAUCAAUGGAGAGUCAGUGGAGACACUGAAGCACGAAGAGAUUGUGGACAGAGUGAGACAGAGUGGACAACAAGUUUCCCUCACCACCAUCACUUCCCAGGGGCUGGAGUUUUACACCCAGUUGGGACUAUCACCUCUUCUCUUCUGUGAGGAUGAUGCAGCUGAGAAAGAAAAGGAGGGCAGUGUGCCAGCCUCUGAAGCAGAGAAGUCAACACAUAAAGAAAUUGAUGGCUUGGGCAAGCCCAGACUUUGUUCUCUCCGAAAAGGCCCUCUAGGGUUUGGAUUUAAUCUGGGUUGUGUCCCACAGUGUCCUGGGACCUUCAUCAGCCAGGUGGCUUUUGGAGGCUCUGGGCAGAGUGCAGGGCUACUUGUGGGUGAUGUGGUGAUUGAAGUCAAUGGACAAAAUGUGGAGGAGAAAUAUUUGGAAGAUGUGAUUAUGCUUGUGAAGGAAGGAGGACACUUUCUUUCAUUAUCAGUCAUGGAUAAGACCAGCUAUACCAAGAUGAAACAGGCUAUCACACCAACCAGAGAUAUCUCUGACAGUGAGCAGGAGGAAGAAGACUAUGAAAUAUCAUCUUUGUGAGCAACAAAGAUGAAUAAUUCUGAAGACAUUCUCCCAUACCACAUCUACUGAGGAGACUUUAACUGAGCUGAACAAGAAAAACUAAUAUUAUUAUCAUAUUAGCUAAGAUUGCCUCAAUCUAAUCCCAGGGUUUCAUGAAGGAAUCCAAAGAUGAAACAGAUAAAAUAAGAUAAAUGAAACUGUAACAGUGUCAAUUGUACAAACCACAAAGAAAUUUUGUGAUGUGUAUUUAUGUAUGAUACAGAAAUACCUUUUAGUUCAAUAUUAUAUAGCACAUCUAAAGAUAUUGAAUGUUUAGUCUUAGCCAAUAUCUGCCACAUGUGAUCUCAAUCAGAUAAAUUACAGAAUAAAUAAAAUGCUCCACAAUUUAAAAGACCACAAUCUCCAUAAAAUAAAUCUCUUAUUGCACUGAGAUUAAUGGAAACCAGUGGUUGCAUGUAAGCAGAGAAAAUUUCUAAAAAUUAAAAAAAAAAAAAAAAAAAAAAAAAAAAAAAUUACUAUGCUUUAGAAAAUGAACAGCAAUAAUGUAACAUGUGGAUGAUAAGUGGGCAAAAACACUGGUAUUGUCCUUUACUAUGUAAAAGAAAAUCUUUGUUAAUUGUACUGUUGUGAGUUGUAGUGGAAGGUUACGUGAGUGUUUAACAUAUUAAUAUAAAUAAAUAAAAAAUAAAUAAAAUGUUUAUUCAAA